CAACAUGGUUGGCGGGUGAUGGUGGAUCGUGUGGUCGUAGAUGCAGAGUUGUAAAUAAAGGCUUUGUAGUGUAUAUUACAACACAUUCGGUGACAUAUGAAAUGAAUGCCUGAUUUAACUUCGUUAUUUCUGCGCUUGUAAUUUUGCAUGAUGACCAUCAGUUUGUUGGUGUUAUUCUCCCAAGAAAAUAUGUGGUUGAAUUGGAUCCAUUGCAAGAUGAACUUCAGCUUCAGAGGGUUUAAGUGUGCUGAUAUAGUUAUCUUGCACAUAGUAUGAAGGCAGAAAUCCUUGAGUGACAUUUAGGGGUCAGCAGGAGUGUUAGAACGUACACCACUUAUGUUGGAAAGUCAAAUAUGGGUACCACAGAAGUGGAGGCAGGCUCCUCCAUGUUCCAGCGCGUGGGGUCGGCUGCUCUUUAUGGGGCAGCUAGCUUCCUCAUUACAGUGGUCAACAAGACUGUGCUCACUACUUAUCACUUUCCAUCUUACCAAGUCUUGGGGAUCGGACAGAUGGCAGCUACAGUUAUGAUACUGUACGUUUGCAAGCGACUUGGGCUGCUGAGCUUCCCUCAUCUUGAUUCUUCUGUCUUCCGAAAAAUCUGGCCACUCCCAUUCAUCUAUAUGGGAAAUCUGGUGUUUGGUCUUGGUGGAACCAAGGAACUGAGUCUGCCUAUGUUGACAGUGUUGAGGAGGUUUUCCAUAUUAAUGACCAUGAUAGGAGAACUGUACUUUCUUGGCAUCCGGCCAACAAUUGCAGUACAAUUUUCAGUAUACACGAUGAUUGCUGGUGCAAUGAUUGCAGCUAGUAAUGACCUGGCUUUCAGCCCUCUUGGCUAUAUGCUGGUACUAAUGAACGACGCAUUCACGGCGGCCAAUGGUGUGUGCAUGAAGUCAAAACUGGACUCUGCGGAGCUGGGUAAACAUGGGAUCAUGUUCUACAACGCGCUGUUUAUGCUGGUGCCUGCGGCCAGUUUGGCGUGGGUCACUGGAGAUCUGGAUCGUGCAUACGCAUUUACUGGCUGGGACAAUGUCUUCUUUUUGGCACAGUUUUCCGGAUCUUGUAUAAUGGGAUGUUUGCUCACGUACACAAUUAUACUUUGCACAAUGCACAACUCUGCACUUACAACAACAGUAAUUGGGUGUUUGAAAAAUGUUUGUAUUACCUACUUGGGUAUGGUCAUUGGUGGUGAUUAUGUGUUCUCAUGGGUGAACUUUACUGGUAUUAAUGUUAGUGUUGCAGGAAGUCUACUUUAUUCGUGGGUCACGUUCAAACGUUCAGACAAGCCCGUACAAAAAGAAACUCUUACUGUUUAGCAUAUUAAGUACAACUAUGAAAAGAGAAAAUAUGUAUGAGUAAUAAAUAACCUGCCAUAUUUGCUGGUGUAUAGGAUACAUUUUUCUGCUUCAGAAAUAUCUCCUGAUAUAAUUCUGAAUCAUAUACAUCAAAGGUGUUUGAGUCAAAUGUCAUGAACUCUCAAAAUUUUGUGAGCCAGAAAACACUGGAUUUUUGUUGUGUGUAUGCUGUGAGAAAUGAUGGUGCAAAGUUGAAAUGGGGGAAAUAAUAAAAGUCUUAAAUAAUUUAUAAUAAUUAUUACUGGUCUUCUCAAAUUUUUUAUUUUAUAUUUCAUUGGGAUACCUACUAGUUUUUUCCAUUGUAAUAUGAAUAAAUGGUAUAAGUAAAAGCUUUUUUUGAAUAUUUACUUCUCAAAUUAUGAUGUAUCUCAUACACAAGCAAAUAAAUAUAAAGUCUUUUGCAUGUGAAGGUGUGAGUUUGUAAGACAGUAUACUUUGGAUCUUCUUCUUCUAUGGCUCUCCGGUCCGUAUUCGGUCCAUAGCCUCCUCAAUU